AAGACUUUUUCGCGAGAAAAUAAAGUUCUAUUCUCGGACGGACUGCAGCAGCUCUCGGGGUGGAUGGACUUCGCUGGCCAGGUUUAAACACUCGCAGCCGUCUGCAAAUUGGCUGGAAGGUUUUUCCUGUUCGCGCUUACUUUCCGCAUAAUCUCGGAUGCUGUGAAACUAGUUAGCUUUUGUCGCGCGAAAGUAAUUAUCCGGUUGUGGUUUCGAGUUUUCACUUGGUGUUGGCAGAUUCGUGUGAAGUAAAACCAGUGCUUGUGAAUCUCCAUUCUCAGCGAAACUAAAAUUGCUUGACCUACAGCAGCAGUGAACGUGAAAAAGGCAGCGAAUGUAGGGAUUAUAAGAGGAUUGGAUUAUGUGCACUUCAUUGGAACGGCGACAUUGGACAAAAAGUGCCACUUAACGGUGAAGCAGCAUCCUAUAGAAGCGAAUGUCACACAGUGGCCCAAUUAAGGACGAAACAGGAUUUAGAUAAGUUUAACGACAAGCGCCGUGUUUUAUAGUGUGCUGAAAAGUUUGUACGCUAUACUCGAAGCUUCAUCAUGCACUCCCGAAUACUGAUGCUCUUCUGGCGUAAAAAGUUGCUUCUGCUGGCUACUUCGUUGCUUUUUCUGCUGGCCCUAUGGUUUUGGGGUUUCCUGUACACAACGCACGUCACGGACGGUGGAAAAAUCGUGUCGGUUAAAGAAUUGAUGAUGGGCGGUGCGAGUCGCCACGAAAGUCUACUGCAGCGGUUGGGUUUUUACGAUGAUGCGUCGGUCGACGAUGGUGGACAGAUCGCGAGCGGUGCUGGGGUGAAGUUUGUGAAGCCAACGGGGAGCUUUUCGAUGAAGAAUAGAGCUAAGUUCUACAAUGAAUGGGAAGCCAUAAUGCAGGACCGCGAGGAAAGACCACACAUUUCCAAGCAGGAUAUUGUUAAGAAAAAAUCCUCCGAAGAGCUAAGAAUAGCCGCGGAGAGACAAAACCACUACGAGCACGAGCUUAAAAAGAUGGGAAUUCCGGUGAUCACUGGCUUAGGCCCUGGAGGUCAUCCACCUCCGAUCCAAAGGCUGGUUCACUUGGAUUUGAAAGGCGCCCCACCGAAAAUAUCCUACCUUAAGCGACUAAUGCCAAUAAUGAAAACAUUGGGUGCUACCGGACUUUUGCUAGAGUACGAAGAUAUGUUCCCGUACAGUGGAACGUUAUCGCCUAUUGCAGCUAAGAAUGCCUACAGCAAAAAUGAUAUACUAGAAAUCCUUAAAACAGCAUUCGCACUAGGUUUAACGGUUAUCCCCUUGGUGCAAACAUUCGGUCACUUAGAGUUUGUGUUGAAGCUGCAGGAAUUUCAACAUCUUCGAGAGGUGGAAGAUGCUCCGCAAGCUCUUUGUCCAAAUCAAAACUCAUCGAUGAUUUUCUUAGAAGAACUUUUGGAUCAAAUUAUAGAGUAUCAUACACCCGCUCAAAACGAAAAUCUUCUCCACAAAGAAGACAUAGAAAAAUUAACGCCUAAGCUUACCCAUAUUCACAUUGGUUGCGACGAAGUUUACCAAAUUGGGCAGUGCAGUCGGUGUAAAAAUCGUAUGAAGGACCAGUUGUUUCUGAACCACGUCUACAAUGUGGCAACGAUCAUCAACAAGAAAUGGCCCCAUUUGAAGAUUAUCAUUUGGGAUGAUAUGUUGCGCCACAUGUCACUAGAUACUUUGCAGUCUUCCGGGAUAGGCAAUCUGGUCGAACCCAUGAUUUGGGUGUAUGCCGAGGAUAUUUACAAGUUUAUUCAAUCCUCUACUUGGGAGAAGUAUUCAACUGUUUUUAGCACGGCUUGGGCUGCAUCUGCCUUCAAGGGUGCGCACGGCGAAGCCUUACUAAUUCCACCGAUUCGCCGCCACCUGGAGAAUACCCUGCGGUGGUUAGCCGUUAUGCAAGGUGAAGGAAGUCGGUUUGCGCAUGGUUUACAGGGACUGGCUCUCACCGGCUGGCAACGGUACGAUCAUUUCGCUAUCCUAUGUGAACUUCUCCCUACAUCCCUGCCUUCGCUUGCGAUUUGUUUGUCGACCGCUUCCCGGGGAUACUUCGAUGUUAACGCUAAAACAAAUCCAGUUUUAAGUAGUCUUACAUGUCCGGAACCAACUAGCGAACGACACGCAUGGAUCGAGCUUCACAAGGAUACAAUGCUGUCGACCUUUUCCCGGUGCAUGUUUCCCGGCAGUGUAAUCUACCGCUUCAUUCUUCGCUUGAUGACGCUCAUAACCGAGGCGAAGGAGUACAUAGACGACGUUAAACAGAAACGCGGUUGGUUGACGGAUUACAACAUUCGUCAUAACUUUUCGUCCGGAACGCGCGUCGACGAUCUGCUGGGUGAGGACUAUAGGCUGCUGAAUUCCAUUACCAAUUUGGCGCGGAACACCGCCUCCACAUUAGCUGAUGUUUAUGACCAUUGGACUUCGGGUGAGUUCAUCGAGCAGCGUCUCUUCCCGAUACUGGCGGAGCUGAAAAAUUUGGAACGAAUCGGAGAAGGGUUGAAGAAGCGAAAAACCUGGCCACAGCGGCCGCUGCCGUACCUGAAGCCAUUCGAAGCACUCGGUAUCGACGAGAAAACCUAGCUAGAGGAGUACAUGAAGAUUCCACUCCGACACUGAGCACUGCGGUAGCCAACUGCCAGGUUGAGGGAUCUUCGGGAAAGUACAUUGUGAUUUUUAAAAGUAUUAAGUAUUACUACAGCAGUGAGAUGCGUAGUGUGGUUCGACGGAUUAUAACCGACCGAUCGUAGAACAAGUAGAACUUGACGGAGCUGUGGUGAUGUUGUGGUGGGAUUGUGUUCUUUUGGUUUCAUGUAUCUGAAACUUUAUGCGAAGUUCUAAUAUGUUUUUCAAUACAGUCUAUUCGCCAUUCUGUAAACGUCUGCUUGGCGAUAAAAAUUGAAGUUUGUUCGAUGAUAGAAUAACAAAAUAAUCAUCUUAAUCAUAAUCAUAAUCAUAAUCAUUGUUUUUGUUAUUAUCUUUAAAACAGUAAUAGAAAUUGUGGUUAAAGUAUUUGUUCAAAUUCUAAAAAAAAAUAUUUUUUAUUAAAUUAAUAAGUUAUUUUCGUUCUUUAAUUGCUAUUUUGCUCGUUCAUGAGAGCGUUUUUGCAAUAUCCGAUAAAUAAGGGAGGAAACUUAGGUCAUUUUAGAAAUGAAAAAAAUUAAAAAAAAAACAUUGAAUUUUGCACCAAAUAAAAAACAAAAUAGCAUAAACCAUGUAAUAUCACUACAGUUCCCACCUCAAGCAUAAGUAGAACAGCUCAAAUCUGACUCAAACCUUCAGUAUUUAGAAACUCGUUGAACGAAAAUUUACGUUUCCCAGACAUUUCGGUAGAACACGAAGACUGAAAUUCGAAACAUUAGAAAAAAAAAAAACAAUUUCAUGUUUUAGACUUACUCCUUCAUGGGUGCAUAAAUCAAUUAAAAAGGAAAUAAAAAUGCAAACAUUUACAUUACAUCA